AUGCCAUCCAACCAGGAAAGCGCCGAAACACUUGCAAAGAAACAUUUUGGUCAUGAAUUAUUUGACAUGUGCUGGAAUACCAAGGCUGAUCAAGUGCCAACAGUGGAAACACCGACUGCCACACCAUCAACCAAACAACACUUUGGAGGCCAAAGUCAAUAUGACCUUUGUUGGGAUGACGAAAUGAGUCUAUCAAAGGUCAAUUCGGCGCCAAUCCUAGAGCCGGCGACUGUCAACACUCAGACCGUGGGUGUCACCAUACCCUUGGCGGCUGAUCAGUAUGAUAUGUGUUGGAAUGACCGACCAUCUGCAUUGGCAGUGGGAUAUAAAGCUGAUUUUGACAUGUGCUGGGGAGAUUCGCCAUUGGGUGGAGAUGGUCACCUUGAAAGUAGUGACACUACUGCACUGACCAUCAACUCAGUGCUGUUAUGGGCCAAAUUCACGCCUUUUCUCGAUGCACUCCAUAUCCUUGCAAUGCACCUCUCAUUUGAUUUCCAUGCAAUGCACGCUUUGGCGCGUACCGGCACGUUCAAGCGCAUUGCGGUGCACUUCAUUGCAUUUCCUCAGGAUCCGUUGCCUGUCCUCCGCAUGUCCUGUCCUAGUCCUCCAAGGUCCAUUGUACUUCCUAUUUGGCUCCGAGCUGUGGGAACUCGCUUAGCAUACCUACACAUCACCAUGUUUGUUUUCCUGUCACUUACUUCCACUCCACUACCAUCAAAGUGUAUAGCACAAGUUUCUAUCUGA